AUGACUCAAUACCAAGGCAAAACUCUUGAGGUGCCGUCCUACAACCAUGACGGUCCGGGUGACGAGGAUGGUCGCCAUAGUCGCAGUGGUUCCGUCCAUUCCCAGGCCGGCUCUGCGCGCGGCUCUGUUCAUGGUGGCUCGCGCCCUCCCUCGGAUGCAGGCCGCCCUCAGUCUCAAUCCGCGUCUCGUCCGACUAGUGAGGCGGGCAAGCCGCCCACUGCUCCUGGUAGUGUCCAGGGCUCUACUGGCGACGUUGCCACUGUCGGCCAGGGCGGAAAAUGGCCCGCCGCACAUGGCUUUGACCCUGCUCGCGACCGUGAUCCGAGCAAGGAGCAUGCUAUGAGCGGAAACAGCAACUUCAACAAGAAUCUUGACCUGCCUCCCGAGGCCUAUAUCACAAAGCUCGAGACUCCCUUCGCUAAGCGCCCUGGAAUGGGUAGUCUUGGAAAGAAGAUCAAUCUGCAGCUGAAUUACUUCUCGAUUCUCAAGAUAGAGCUUCCAGACAUCUAUCUCUACGAUCUUUCGAUCAGUCCCACCCCACUCAAGCCCGAGCAGGUAAUCAAGAAGUGUUGGAACACCCCUACCUGGCAGGCAAAGAUCGGCAGCACCCGCUCCCCCUGGAUCUUCAACAAGCGCAACCUCGCGUGGUCCACGCAUAAGACCGAGGAUGGAGGCCUUCGGGCUCUUCUGGAUCUUGAUGCCGAGUAUGGUCGCACCGGAGGUCGUGCUGCAAACAAGUUCAACUUUUCGGUCAAGCCAGUUGGCAGGAUCACGAUGGACUCUCUUCGAAUGUACCUUGAAGGCAAGAUUGCUUUUAACACCCAUAUUUUGGAGUGUCUCAACUUUCUUGACCAUGUCUUGCGCGAGGGCCCCUCCCAGAGGAUGAUCCCCAUCAAGCGGAACUUCUAUUCGAAGUCGCGCCACGCUACUCCCAUGGGUGAUGGUGUGAUUGAGGUCCUGAAGGGCAUCUUUGCAUCUCUACGCAUGUCUCAAUCGAUCAAUGACGGCAAGUUUGGCCUCGGUAUCAACGUGGACGUUGCCAACACUUGCUUCUGGGUUGCGCAGAACUUUGAGGAUCUUGUGCGCAACUACCUUGGCUCAGUGGACCGUCGCUGGUCAGGUGUUGCUGCCAACCAACUCGCCAACCUGCUCCAGCCUGUCAUGCCUCCAGGCAAGACUAAAAUGCAGGUCCAACCUUCGCCAGCCUUUACGGCCCUCCGCAAGCUGGCCAAGAUCAAAUUCACUGUGCGGCAUCGCGGCAAGACUGCCGACCACAAGAUCUAUACUGUGAAGCGCUUUUCAUUCGAUCCCAGCUAUGGAGAAGAGGGCUCCAAUGCGAAGACUGUAAAGUUCUCCAAGAGGGAUGGAACCACUAUCUCGGUCUAUGACCACUUCCAAAAACAAUACAAUGUGCGGCUUAAUCACUGGAAGCUGCCUCUCAUCGAGACCACCCGCGAUGGAUUCUUUCCCAUGGAGGUAUGUGCUGUUGAGCUCUAUCAGCGGUAUAACUACAAGCUUGACCCGGACCAGACAGCCAAGAUGAUAAAGUUCGCCGUCACCCGCCCUGCGCAACGCGCAAGCGACAUCAUGGCCAACGUCAAUGAGCUUCGUUGGAACGAGGACCCCUACCUGAAACAUUUCAAGAUACAGGUGUCACAGACAAUGGAGACUGCGCCCGCGCGUGUGAUCCCCAACCCUGAGAUCCAGUACAAGGGAGCCAAGGUCAACCCAGGCGUAAGCGGUCGCUGGGACUUGCGCGGCAAGGUCUUCUCGGAGGCUGGAAGUAUGCCCCUUCAGUCUUUUGGCGCUGUCAUCAUCGACAAUUGUGUCGACAAGGCUGGUGCCGAGGCGUUCAUGAAGAACUUCCUUAGUGUCUUCAAGGGACAUGGAGGUAGAAUUGCCCCCAACGCCAAGCCGGUUGUUCUUGAAUGCUCGUCGGCCAGCAUGAAUCUAGGUCAGGUUGUGGAGAAAGCCUACCAGGCAGUUGGAAAUGCCAACAAAGCUCAUCCUAACCUGAUUUUCUUCAUUCUUCCAAACAAAAGCAGCAUCAACUACGAGCGGAUCAAGAAGUCAGCUGACUGCCGCUAUGCUCUCGUCACGCAAUGCAUGCAGGCUGCACAUGUGCGCAAGAACCAGGCGCAGUACUGCUCCAAUGUCGCAAUGAAGGUAAACGCCAAGCUAGGUGGACAAACCUGCAAGGUUGCCACUGCUUUCAAGAAGCCCACCAUGAUGAUCGGCUGCGAUGUUUCCCAUGCGGCUCCUGGCGCACAGCAGGCUUCCAUGGCCGCUAUCACCGUAUCCAUGGACAAGGACUGCGCCCGCUAUGCUGCGGCUGUGGAGACGAAUGGUUACCGUUGCGAGAUCCUUCUUCCGCAGAAUGUCCGUGGCAUGUUCGGCCCUCUGGUUGAGCGCUGGUGCAAGACGAUGCGCUGUGCUCCGGAGCAUGUGUUCUAUCUCCGCGACGGUGUUUCUGAGGGUCAAUUCGCACACGUGAUGGCCUUGGAGGUUGCUGAGCUGCGCAAGGUCCUCAACAAAGUCGGCGGCAACAACCCGAAGAUCACAGUCAUGGUGGCCACCAAGCGUCACCACAUCCGCUUUUUCCCUAAGCCUGGCGAUUCAUCCUCUGGUGACAGAAAUGGAAAUGCUCUCCCGGGCACUGUGGUCGAACGCGUAGUGACCCAUCCGUUCCACUACGACUUCUAUCUCUGCUCACAUGUUGCCAUUCAAGGCACGGCUCGCCCGACUCACUAUCAGGUGAUCCACGACGAGGUUGGCUACAGCCCCGACGAGCUUCAGAAAAUGCUGUACCAGCAAUGCUAUCAGUAUGCUCGCUCGACCACGCCUGUGUCGCUCCAUCCUGCGAUUUAUUACGCGCACUUGGCUAGUGCGCGUGGCCGCUGCCACGAAAACACUGCAUCUUCGGAGAAGGACCCCAAGACCAAGGCACAGCCUGGUCACUUUGCAAAGGGCGGCAACACCGAGAGUAGUCUUACGCGUCUCACCGAAUCUGUUCCUCUGCUUCCUUGCGGUGCCCAUGGCCAGGCUUUCGCAGGCAAUAUGGACCACUUCAAGCACACCAUGUGGUACAUUUGA